ACGAAUUCUGGAAUGGCUUGUUCGGUCAGGUUAUUAUGACCACUGUUUUAUGGUUUGGAGGUUUACCAUUUGUCUGGGAUUUAUCUGGAGCAAUUUUGGAUAAAGUGGGACUUGAUGAAAACAACGAGAUUGUACAUUCACUGGUGUUUGCACUCCUUGGAAACAUAUUUUCUCUUAUAAUUGACUUACCCUGGAAAUUUUACUACACAUUUGUAGUCGAGGAAAAACACGGAUUCAACAAAAUGACAGUUGGAUUCUUUUUUAAAGAUUUGAUCAAAAAGACAUUAGUGUAUGAAGCAAUUAACCUUCCCAUCAUGUCUUUAAUUAUUUACAUCGUAAAAUCUGGGGGUGACUACUUUUUCAUAUAUGCCUGGCUAAUGGUGUUCAUCAUCUCAAUGAUACUAUUACACAUCUAUCCUGAGUAUAUCGCACCACUUUUUGAUAAAUAUACUCCACUUCCAGAAGGUGACCUGAAGAAGAAAAUUGAAGAACUGGCAGAUAGUUUAGAUUACCCGUUAAAGAAGCUGUAUGUUGUUGAAGGAUCAAAGAGGUCAUCGCAUAGUAAUGCAUAUAUGUAUGGAUUUCAUAAGAACAAAAGAAUAGUUCUCUUUGAUACGCUGCUCGAAGAUUAUACUCCUGUAACAAGAACAGAAUCAAUGAAAGACACAUCUGAUACUGAUGAGACUGGAAAGGAUUCAAAAACAGAAGAUGGGCAUGACAAGGAGAAGAAAAAAAUUGGUUGUAAUACGGAAGAGGUGGUUGCAGUGCUUGGUCAUGAAUUAGGCCAUUGGUAUUACUCUCACAUGGUCAAGAACCUGGUCAUUAUCCAGUUGAACAUAUUUCUCAUGUUUUUCGUUUUUGGAAAACUUAUGAAUCUUAGACAACUCUAUGUAGGUUUCGGGUUUAGUGAUUUUCAGCCAAUCCUAAUCCGUUUAUAUGUUGUGUUUUCAUUUAUUUUCUCUCCAUUCAAUGAAAUCAUGUCUUUCGUGAUGAAUGUGCUCAGUCGCCGAUUCGAAUUUCAAGCUGACGAAUUUGCGGUCAACUUGGGGAAACGGGAACAACUGAAAACAGCUUUAUUGAAGUUGUUCAAGGACAAUCUAGCAUUUCCUGUUGCUGACUGGUUGUAUUCAACCAGACAUUUCUCUCAUCCUCCUCUUCUUGAAAGACUUCGUGGCAUGGAUGAUGUGAAACAGAAAUCUGAGUAAAUGUUAGAUUGUAUUGGUAUUUUGGCCAUGUCCAUCACAAUUUUAAUAACCUUGGAACUUGGAACCUGAAGAAUAUUUGAAUGCUGGUUGAUAGAAUAUGCUCUGUGGAAAUUCCACUACUUUAGACUGAAUGUGGUGACAAUUUGAUUGACUAAUUUAAUUGACUAAUAUAAUUUCAAAACAUCAUUCAAUUUUUUACUUUCAGUUAUUUUACAUUUGUGUAUUCUAAUGUGACAAUUUCAUUGAUAUAGCAAUACUACUGUUUUGGAUUUGGAAUACUUUUCAAACUAAUAAUUGUAUUUGGUUUUUUAGCCAAGAUGUAUGGAAUAUAUAAUGGAAUUCUUUUGAUCAACGAUUCUUGUUUUUGGUGUUUUUUUAGAA